GUUGCUGUGUUAGCGGCGAGCAUAAAGGAGGUGAAGAAACGCGUUCGUGACGGGCGGCGGGCGGCUUACGUUCCUCACGUUUUCUCCCCCGCGUGUGAAAUGAGACAACGCGCAGAAAAGUGGUGAAACGUUAAAAAAGCGGAGGGUUAGACGGUGUUUCCAGUGUCGUGCUGGUGAGCCGUCAGGAUGAGGCCCGCUCAGAUGAUCCUCCCUGCCGCCGCCGCUCUGCUCUUCCUCCUGUCGAGUCUGACUCUGACCUCCGGCUGCAACAAAGCCCUCUGCGCCAGCGACGUCAGCAAGUGUCUCAUCCAGGAGCUGUGUCAGUGCCGCCCGUCUGAUGGGAACUGUUCGUGCUGCAAAGAGUGCAUGCUGUGUCUGGGGAACCUUUGGGAAGAGUGCUGCGACUGCGUGGGGAUGUGUAACCCCAAGAACUACAGCGACUCUCCAGCCACGUCGAAGAGCACCGUGGAGGAGCUGCACCGUCCGAUCCCCUCGCUGUUCCGCGCCCUCACCGAAGGCGACGCGCCGAUCAACAUGAUGGUGGUGUCUUUCCCCGUCGCCGAGGAGCUCUCCCAUCACGAGAACCUGGUGUCCUUCCUGGAGUCGCUCGACAACCAGCACCAGAACGUCUCGGUGCCUGGCAACAGCAUCCACGCCAGCUACGACGCUCAAGAAAACAUGUGCACUGUGGUCUACUUUGACGACUGCGUGUCUAUCCGUCAGUGUAAACUAUACUGUGAGUCAAUGGGAGGAUCCAAGUACCGCUGGUUUCACAACGCCUGCUGCCAGUGCAUCGGACCCGAGUGCGUGGACUACGGCAGCAAGGCAGUGAAGUGCAUGAACUGUCUCUUCUGAAGUGUGGACACACAUUGGUACCAAAUGUCUGGGCUGUACCAGAGGACUGUGGGCAGAGGAAACUAUGACUGUUUUGUGUUAGCAUUCCUCAUUUACCUUGUAAAAUACCCCCAAACCCCCUCCUCUUACCCCUGCAAAUUGUUUUUAUUCUGCUGUUAUGUUUCACUGUAUAUUUUUAGAUAUGUUUGCAAUAGUGUUUUUUACUAGAGGUGUAUAUGAAUAAUGUAUUUUUACAAUUAUGGUCAGCUAAAUCCCUGUCUCGUGCCAAAUAAAGAAAAGUUUGGUGACAUGGA